AAAAAUGGCGGACCACAUUCCCAUUCACAUUCCCUGCAUUGCUUUUCCUUUCUUAAAAUCAAACCUUUAUUCUCUCCAAUUUUCCUCUAAACCAAUUAGAUCAUGUCUUCUUCUACCACCUCCCAUCCUCUGUUUUCUACUCUUCUCUCUUUCUCCGCUCUCAUUCUCCUCUACUUCCCCGCCUUUCUCUGGACUUCCCUCCUCUCCCCCCCCGUCCUCCUCGCCGGACUCCUCUUCCUCUCCCUCCUCCGCCUCGGCGCCACUCAAUGCCAAAUCUCUCAACUUCAAUCCAAUUUAUCUCCUCAACAAGAAUCACAAGCCUCUAGUCCUGCUCCCAUUUCCUCCUCCGCCUCCGCUUCCUUCGAGAAAUCUUUCGUACAGUGGAACGUGAGGGCGCCCUUGGAGGUUAUUUACGAAGACUAUGAAGAAGAAGAAGAAGAAGAAGAAGCCCAAGAUAAUAAGGACGAUCCAGAGCCUCGACGCACCCGAUCAAUCCAGUGGUACCCAUCGCUGUCGCUCUACUAUCCGGAAACGGACUCCGAUAGCUCGUCGGUGGAUGAGAUGGAGAACGUAUGUUUUAUGUGGGAUGAGGAGGAUGAAGACCGAGAUGAACUCAUUGAAAUUGAUUUGGAUAACAAGAAGAAGAAGCCGCCAUCGGAAUUUUUUCAGUUGGAGCCGGAGGAGGAUAAUUUGAUCGAGAUUGAUAUUUCUCCAACCGCUUUUCCAAUGUUUAUUAAUAUAUAAUAUAAUAAAGAUUUUCCAUUUCAUUGCUCAGUUUUAGGUUCAA